GUAGUGAUUCACUCGGCUGGUGCGUGCUCGGCUACCUCGGACUCCUCCCGCGCGGGGAUCACGCGCUGCUCGUGGCUCCACGUUCCUGCGUCUCCAAGGGAGCGAACGGGCACUCCUGACUCCUUUUCCUUCGCCGAGAGGCCUUCCAGCUGCAGAAGCUCUCUGGGCUGGAAGCCAGACUUUUCCACCAUGAAGAAUGUGUUGAGUCUCUAUCUCCUGGGAGUCGUGCUGACCAUCCUCUCCCUCUUCAUCAGACUGAUAGAGUCACUGGGGGGCUUAUUGGAGAACCCAUCCGCAGGGAGUUCCUGGACUCCCAGAGGUCAACUAGCCAGCACAGAGCCCCCUAAGGGCCUUCCGGAUCACCCAUCCAGAGGGGUGCAGUAAAUCCUCCCUCCCCAGCCAUGAUUUAAGCACACUGGCCCGAACAUUUCCAGCCAUCAGUCCUGGGGCAGGUUGGAAGGAUCAGCGAUUUUUGAGAACUGACCCAGUGCCCUUGAAGGGGGUCUUCUGACUACACCUUGACCUGGAAGAGAUACCUUCUGUGUGACUGCGCUGAGUUAGCACUCGCUCACUCCCCAGUACCAACCUGGACUCAAGGCUCCCGACAUCCACAAUAUCUCCAAUGUGUGGGGACGGCUGCUGCAGCCUGAGCUGUGGGCAGGUGGCAUUGUUUCCAUUCCCGCAUCUCAGACUUCUGCUAAGUAUUCCAUAUGGUGCUGGGUCAGAUGGCUUCAUGCAUUUACUAUUUCAUCUAUUUUACUGUUUCAUCUGCAGGGAGAUUCCGAUGUCUGGUUCCCACUGUUUCAUAUAUUUUUAAGUCCAGCUUCCAACCUUUUAUAUGUUAUAGGCAGUGGCAGGUGGGGGGGCUGGCAUAGCUCGCUCAAGAUUGAGGUCUAUGGCCACUGUGUGGCUGAGAUGAAUAUUUUUUGUAAUGAAAUAAAAGUUGGCUCUAUAUUUC